CUCAAGUAACAAGAUGUUUAAAUAGUGCACUUUGUACAAGAAUACAUAUUUUUAAUCGUAAGAAAUACGAUGUUCGUAAAUAAGAACCAGUAAGGGGUCGACUCGCUCCGACAUCGCGAUAUCAGUCACCUAUUGAACUGUGGUCUAUCAUCAGACCGGUAUAAACUGGACAUCGGCCGCAGCAGGCGGCUACCGAUAACGCUACUAACAUUACACCACACGACUACUCUGAAUUCGCUUAUCCAACAGACCGUUUGUUUUUAUUGAAAACUUUGAAACGUUGGUAAAUAACUAAACGUAAAUUGAAAUGUAACCAGCAACUUUGUAAAUUUGGUAGGAAAUGUUAUGAAAAGGCAGACGGUGUGUUCGCGGGGGACUCGUCCUCUUAUCAGCGCGUUGUCACUUCGAGACGUUUUAUAAGUACGCGGCGCACGCUCUCGCCAUCAUUGUCCGCGGCGACCGCGCCGUGACCACAACCAGUAUUUGUUUUGUGACAGUUCAUCAGUAUAAUUGCGAACAUGUUGGUGUUUCCUCAAUGGAGAUCAGACAUACGCGGCGACGGAUGCAGGAUCCCACGAUGGAUGCCCGCCGAGCGUUUCGCGCCAUACUUCGCGAGGCCCGUGCCUUUAGCGCCUAUGCCUCCACAAGUAGAAGAUGAGGAUUCGUCGGGUGGGUCAUCCCCCGAGCGGUCGUACGAGACCAACGGAGAGACCGCCGAAAAGGCGGAAGGUGUUUGCGGUUGGCACGGGUGUGGUGCGAGGUGCUUGAGUGUCGCGAGACUCUCCGCACACAUCGCACGCACGCACGCAAUCGCACACACAGACGGACUCUUCUACUGCGGCUGGAGAGGAUGCAGCAGACCUCAGAGAGGUUUCAAUGCAAGAUACAAAAUGCUAGUCCACGUGCGAACACAUACAAACGAGCGUCCGCACACAUGCAACCAGUGCAAUAAAAGCUUUUCCAGAGCUGAAAACUUGAAAAUUCAUCUCCGUUCACAUUCCGGAGAAAAGCCCUACGUGUGUCCAUAUGAGGGUUGCGGUAAAGCCUAUUCUAAUUCGAGCGACCGUUUCAAGCACACGCGGACACAUGCGGUGGAGAAGCCUUAUUGCUGCAAAGUACCUGGAUGCAACAAACGUUACACAGAUCCGUCCAGUUUAAGGAAACACGUCAAAACGUACAAGCACUACACAGCCGAACAGAUUGCCAAACAAGAAUCGGACUCACGUAGUCCCAUCACUUCGCCCAAAGAGAGCGUGAUGAGCGAGCCGAUGUCGCCAGUAACGUGCAUCAACUGCACACCUAGCAUGUCACCGACGGUACCUUACAAGCCACUAGUGGCGGACUCACUAAUCCCUCAACAAAUUUCAUAUCCAGUCGAUCAAUUUACGUACCUCCGCCCUAUCGAGCAGAUCUAUCCUGUACGAGUCCCAUCAAACGAGAUGUCCUACAUCGAGUACACGCAAAUGUACGAGCACGCGUAUAGAACUUACUACUCGAACGUAAACUUUCCUGUGUUGAGGCGGAGCAUUAACGAGAAAGUAUUUACGUACGAGGAGCAGCCUCGUCUAGACGUCUCCAUGACCAAUAUCGAGGAAAACCCUAAAAGAUAUAGAUCUAUUGAUGAAAUGCCUUUGAAUCUUAUCUGCGCUAAACCUAUUGAACGCGCGCCGAUCGAAGAAGUAGUCAGACGGCCAGACUUACCUUUAGAUUUAAGCACCAAAAGCUAAUAUUUAUUGAAUAAUAUAAUAAAAACAUUUAACACCGCUUUUCCUCGUAUUAUUUUCUCCGCCUUCAAUUCGAAAAUACGCAAUUCCUAAGCCCAUUUAAACGUAUUUAAUAUAAAAUUGGAGACCGCUCGUAUUAUUUAUGUUAUAAAUAUUAGCGGACCGAAAUAAUUCGCUUUCAGAACUGUCUGAUACAAAAACACAGCCACCCAAAUAUUUGAACAGCUUAGCAUUAUUCACCAUAUUCAGCAAAAUUUUUAUCACAAUGCAAACAUCGUACGUGACAAGACACUGUCGCAGAUUACUUCCUUAUCUCUAAGGUAAAAUACAACUCAUUCCGUGA